AUGAAAAAAGCAUACAAAUUGAAAAAGAAGAAUUUAGAGGUUUGUUGCCCAUAUAAUCCUAAUCAUUUGAUGCCUUUCAGUCAACUGUGGUUUCAUUUAUCAUCUGGAUGUGAAGAUAAAUAAAAAUUUGGUAAAUAAUCCUUCUUAAUUUAGGUCAUCUUUAUAAGAUAUGCCCUUAUAACUCUUUACACAUUUUACAAAAGGAGCAUUACGAAGACCACAUAAAGAACUGCUAAAAGAAAAUAGAUGUUGAUGAUGAUCUAUUAAAAUAGAUGAGUAAUGUUGCUUCGAUUUAAUUUGAUGAGGAAAAUUAAUAUCAGGAUAAAUUUAUAUCUGGGAAUUUAAAUAAUAAAUAUAAGAAAUAUUAAUGA